UAAAUUCUAGAAAAUUGAAAUUAGUAAUAAAAGGAUAUGUUGAAAAAUUGUAAAUUUAAAUACUUCGAUAGAAAUCUGCAGUUACCAAGUAUAUCGAUGCUAGCUAGUGACUAAUCUAUUACAAUUUCGAGCAGCUGGUAAUGUCAAAUUCUUCAGCCGUUUAAAGUUGCAAAUGCAAAAUUUAUAUUUUUGUGCAAUUAGAAAAAAUUUAAAUCAAAUAAAAUUAUGUCUAUUUCUGGAAAAAAUUUAAGCCUUUCCCCUGAGGCCGACUUGGAUGAAUUGAUUCAGGACACCAGUUUAUUGAUAGCUUCGGUUUACGAUAUGUUCGGUCGACCACAACGGUCACCUCGACCAGCGCAAACCAUUUUGGGACGUCGAUCACACAACAACAGUGAUAACAGUGGACAAUUUGGUAGUAGCAGUAAUACUUCUAAUUCCAGUACACCAAAAUCUCCAAAAACGCCUAGAUUAGGUAAUUCGAACAGAGCUGUACCAUCAACGCCGUCAAGUAGAGAAAUCGAUCAAGAAAUUAAUCGAAUUGAUCGCUUUUGUGAAAUGUUAGAACACAAUUUACGUUCUUCAUCUGGCGAACAAAAUCAAAUGGUUCGAGGUCCCUUGGGUUUAGCGUCACCUACGAGCCCACGUAACAGAGCAGGCAGAAGAUCACUUGAGAGUGCAGCGGCUAAUGCGGCCCGCUCUCCAACUGUAGAAGAAGUAAUUGAUUUGUGUGAUUCGAUGUCUAUGCCAGCACCACUAGCCCGACGAGCGUUGAAUUUAAGCGAUGAUGUGAUCAUAGUUACACCAACUGACGAUGAAAUCGUCGAUCUUUGUACACCAAAUCAUCGGCGAAAUACUGCACGUACCAGAAAUAUUAAUUCCAACCGAAGAUCUAUUAAUUUUAAUGGCAGUACAAAUAACUGCCGAAGUGGUAAUGAGUCACGACCACGCAUGAGAGCAUCAUCACGUUCACUUUCUUCAUCAAAUUCAUCGGCACAUUGUUCGAAUGAAGGCAGAUCCUCGCGCUGUUCCAUUUCGACAACAACAUCCACAACAAAUAUAAACCCCUCCGCCACAGCUGCUACUAAAGUCGCAAGCAAAAAGAAAUCGCCUGGUGCGAACUGCGAUGACGCCGAUGACGGAGCAAAUGGUGAUGGACGUGUACCUUUUAUGUGUGCUGUGUGCAUGGAAAGCUGCGUUAGCAACCAACCUACUUCAACCAAAUGUGGACAUGUAUUCUGCGCCAAUUGCAUACGCCAAGCAGUACGAUUGACUCGCAAGUGUCCCAUGUGUAAUACGAAACUUACCGCAAACAUGCUGUUUCGCAUAUAUGUUUGAGUGGUGACCUAACACUCGAAUAAUAAUAAAAGACUGGUCUUUUGGUUCAGCGUAUGCAACACUUGUAAACUAAAUUUUAUAAAAUUUUAUAAGAGCACCUACAUUUCAAGACUCAUUCAAAAAACAAGCAAUUAAGUGCUUUUAUUAUUUAAAUAUUUCGUUAAUAAUUUUUAGAGCUUAUUUCGUAUGAAAACUUAAUUUAAAGUAAUAAUUAGAACUACUUGACAGAAAUAAGUUCUUUUAUACCAAUUAAAAUUUAGUACCAAAUGUAGAUAUAUCGCUCAUUUCCAAUAAACUUUUAUAUUACUUUUUUGUUCAAA